GGUAUGCGCUGGGGCAAAAUUAUCGGGGCUAACCCUAUAACACUCGUGGUUUUGUUUCACCCGUUUUUUAACUCUCCCAGCUACGUACAUAUCCUUGCUUGGCCCUUAUUGUUCCCUGUCACCAAAGCAUCAUGAGUGUCGAUAGUUCCCAAACCGAGAAGCCUGAGUUCGGUCAGCUGUCUGAGACCCAAACAGUGCACACGAGGGAUCCUGAAAGCCAAGUCGAAACAAGAGAUACAAAUUCCACGACAUCAACCUCCCUCUUUAGUGGCGCGCGAUGGCGUGAAGUAGCUAGGUCUGUCCGAGAACAAACUGGCCGUCUAGCUGAGCAGUUGGGUCGCCCUGCGUCCCAUGGCGAGCAUGGGCUAGGGUCAUCGCUUGUGCACCCGGAAGAGCUGGGCUCGACAGAGGAUGAUAAACUAGCAGCGAUCUUUCGCAGCGGCUCACAGGACACAUCAAAUGAAGGUCGAUAUCAAAUGGCGGUAAACGAAGAGGCCAAAAACUUGAUGCGAGGCCUUAGUGGACUCCGUCACCGGAAUGCGCCAGCAACGCCUGAGAAGGACAAUUCCUCGUUCCCCGAAUCUGACAACACAACCCUCGCCGACCACACACCAGCAGAUGUGGAAGCCAUCGGAAACACCCCCCAGCCGGGGUUCUCAGGGGGGGUACUAUCUGCCCUACUCCAGCUGCAGGCCAAUCAAAUGCAACAUUCCCGCACCGAUAGCCUCUAUUCUGCAGCGGAAUCCGAUCAUGAGUCGUCGCAACCCUCCCUACCACUCUCUGGGACUAUAACUCCCACCCCGGGAAUGCCUCAUGCCCCGACUAGUCCCACCCCCGCAAAGCAAAAGCUCCAAAAAUGGUACAAGAAGUCUAACCAUACCUCGACUGCGUCCCUAGUGCAGGCGUCUAUGAACCUAGGCCACAUUGGUUCUUCCUCCGCAUGGGCGAAUACUAAUGUCCCAAAGGCAGAAUUACCCAACGCCAAUAAGAAGAAGAAGAAGGGCAAAAAGAUUCACAAGGACAUUAAAUUGACAAUUCAUAUCGCCGAUAUUAUCAUGCGGCAACGUUAUAUUAUGUUGCUAUGUCGGGCGAUGAUGAAAUAUGGAGCCCCCUCGCAUCGCCUUGAAGAAUACAUGCAGAUGACCGCUCGAGUUCUCGACAUUGAUGCCCAGUUUCUCUACUUGCCUUCAUGCAUGAUCAUGUCCUUUGACGACCGCAUUACCCGCACUGCCGAAGUCAAAUUGAUCCGCGUGCAAAGUGGGUUGGACUUGGGUCGCUUGGAAGAAGUUCACCAUUGCUAUAAACGAGUGACACAUGACAUGGUGGACAUGCAGACAGCCAUCAGCGAAUUAACAGAGUUGAUGGAACGAAAGCCACGGUAUCCCGUUUGGCUGGUGAUCCUCCUUUACGGCCUCGGAUCAGCCGCAGUUGGGCCCUUUAGUUUCAGUGCUAGGCCAAUCGAUUUGCCCAUCAUCUUCAUCCUAGGAUGCUGUGUUGGCUUUAUGCAGCUUGUUCUUGCUCCUCUUUCGGCUUUGUACUCGAACGUCUUCGAAGUGACUGCUGCCAUUCUUGUCUCCUUCCUUGCACGGGCCUUUGGCAGUAUUCGACUCCCCGGGCACACUGAUCCGAUCUUCUGCUAUGCCUCCAUCACAGAAUCCUCCAUUGCGCUGAUCCUCCCCGGGUUUUCGGUCCUCACGAGCAGCCUUGAACUCCAAUCCCACCAGAUCAUCGCUGGUUCGAUCCGUCUGGUCUAUACCAUUUUAUACUCAUUAUUCCUCGGUUAUGGAGUGACUGUGGGGACUACAAUCUACGGGGCAAUCGACUCCAAUGCAACCAGGGACACCACUUGUGCAAGAGAGAGUGUUUGGGGCAGCUCUUACACCCAGCACUUCCCAUUUGUCGCUGUCUAUUGUCUGAUUGCCGCGCUCAUCAACCAGUCAACCCUCAAGAAAACUCCGAUGAUGGUUCUGAUUGGCACAGCAGGCUAUGUGACCAACUACUUCAGUACCCAAAAGCUGGGCUCCUCCUCCGAGGUUGCCAACACAGUCGGAGCGUUCACCAUCGGGUUUCUUGCAAAUCUCUAUUCGAGGCUGUGGCAUGGAAAUGCCGUCAGCAGCACUAUACCCGGUAUCUUCACUCUAGUCCCAUCCGGACUGGCGUCUUCGGGUUCGAUCUUGUCAGCCAUCGAAUACUCGGACUCCGUCAAGAGUGGCAGGGCAGAUACCUCAGGCAGCGCUUCCGGCAGCUCACUGACGAGUCUGGGAUUCGGAAUGAUUCAGACGGCGAUUGGCAUUACUGUUGGAUUGUUUCUUUCAGCGUUGAUUGUUUAUCCACAUGGAAAGCGUAGGAGCGGCUUAUUUUCAUUGUAGAGUUGGAUGGUGCUUUGUAUAGAUCUCCCGCCUCUUUUUCGUCUCCAUGUUUCGUGCAUCUCAUCGGAGUUUGGUCCACUUAGACCGGUUAAUAAUUUAUAAUUUUGCAACCUCAUCGCGGCAGUUGACGAGCUAUUCAAUCUACGAGAG